AUGAAGACACUUCCAAAGUCUGUUCAUGUCCAAAAUAGGUGUUCACUGAGACAGUUCAAAAGCCUCCUGACACAACUGCAGAAUCAGUUCUUAUUCACUUCUGUUUUCUUAUUCCUUUGCUUUCUUCUUUUUCUAUUUCUUCUUUUUCUUUCUCCUCUUUUCUCUCUCCUUUUCUCUUUCCUUUCUUCUCUUUCAUGUGGUUUGCUUUUCUCACUCCUUAUCUCUUUUUCUUGUUUUCUUUUCUCUCUUUUUUUUUCUCAUAUUGCUUUCUUUUUUAUUUCCUUUUUUCACUUUCUCCUUUGCUUUCUUCUUCUCUCUUUUCAUUUUUCUAUUCUUUCUUAUCCUUUUUCUUUCAUUUUCUUUUCUCUCUUUUUUCUCUUAUUGCUUUCUUUUCUUUUUUCUUUUUUUUCACUUUCUCCUUUUAUUUUUUUCUCUCUUCUCAUUUUUCAAUUCUUUCUUAUCCUUUUUCUUUCAUUUUCUUUUCUUUCUCCUUGCCUAUUUGUUUUCCUUCCUUUUUUAUCUCCUUUUCUUUUUCUCUUUCCUUUGUUUUCUUUUCUCUGUUUCUCCUUUGAUUUCUCUUUUUUCAUUUUCUUUCCUUCACAUUUUCAAUCAUUUUUUUUUUAUUUUUAUUCCUUUUAUUAUGUCUCCUUUUGGGUUUGGAUAUUUUUACUUCCUUCAUGA